AUGCAAUGGAAGGGGAAGCUGCCGGUCCGUGGGUCCUUCCAAUUUUACGUGCGCGACCCCGAUACCGACGGCUCUCUCGCCCCCACAACCACUGCUUCCGCAAACAACCCCGUCACCACGACGUCCCCAGAAACCACGGUGCAGCCACGAAGCAGUGACGAUGUGUCGAAUGCAACCAACACAACACAUUUGCGCGCGAAGCCCAAGUCGUCGGCCGCGACGCUGGAUGAUGGUGGAUACCUCCCUCUUCCUGUGAUCGUGCUCUCCACGGUGACUGGUUUCAUUCUGGUCGGGAUCAUCAUCUUCGCCCUGUACGCUCGACAAUUGAAAAGGCGAGCGGUUGCUUCGCAGCAACCGGUCGUUGUACCUGUCAUGGCGUCGCAGGACUCGACGGCCACAACUCCCCGUCAAAACAUUCAAGUGCUGUAG